CAUUACAUAAUAAAUUAGCCGGUGGAGGGGCGGGGGAGGAAGCGAGCGAGCGAGGCAGGCAGGCAGGGCCGCCCCCCGGGCCGGAGCCUGCCGGGAAGGAGGCGCGGGCCGGCGGCAUGGAGUAGGCGCCGGCGAGCGGAGCGGGCGGCAUGGAGCCGAGCCCGGGGCCGAGCCCGGGGCCCUGCGCCGAGAUGCUGCAGGUGGCCGAGGAGGCCUUUCGCGGCGGCAACUUCGAGCUGGCGGCCGAGAUCUACGGCUCGCAGCUGGCCGAGCUGCCGCAGCCCGAGCGGGGCCUCUGCCUGCGCCGGGGCGACGCGCUGGCCCGCGCCGGCCGCAUGGCCGAGGCCCUGGAGGCCUACAGCGCCGCCGCCCGGCUGGGCCGCCUGCGGCCCGAGGAGCUGCGGGAGCUGGCGGAGAGCCUGGCCCUCAGCCUCCGCGAGAAGGCGCUGCGCCUGCCGCCCUGGCCCGGCGGCGGCCCCGAGGGGGCGGGCGAGGCGCUGGGCGACCCCGCCUGCUGCCGCCCGCCCGAGCUGCUCGGCUGCCCCCUGUGCCGGCGGCUGCUCUGCGAGCCGGUGACCCUGCACUGCGGCCACACCCGCUGCCGGCGCUGCGCCGAGCCCGGCGACUGCUGCCACCGGCCCCGCCGCGCCGCCGACGGCCCCGCCAGCGCCCGGGUCAACGUGGUGCUGGGCAACCUGCUGGAGAAGUGGCUGGCGGGGGAGAGCCGGGCGCGGCGGCUCCGCGCCGAGGGGGACGAGCUGCGGGACAGGCAGGAGCUGCCGGCCGCGCUGGAGAAAUACAACCAGGCCCUGGAGACCGCUCCCUGCAAAUGUUCGUUAAUAGCACAACGAGCAGAACUGUGGAUAACCAUGAAAAACUAUCAACAAGCUCUCCAUGAUGCAGAGGCACUCUGCCAAAACAAACCCCUCUGGCCCAAGGGUCAUUAUGUGAAAGCACAAGUUCUUUCUGGAUUGGGAAGGACUGAGGAAGCACUGAAGGAGUUUCUUUAUUGUGUUGCCUUAAAUCCUGAAUGGAGCUUAAUGAAGAAAGAAGCCCAAAAGAUAAUGUGUGAGAUGUUUUUCCCAGCCUUCGAAAACGUGCAUGACAGCCUCACUGCACCUUUCUCUAGUCGGACAAGGUUGAAACCUGCAUUUUUAAGCAACUUAAAUGCUGUUGAAGAUGGUUCUGCUGCUGGGUGCUCUGAGGAUACUGUGUUCAAAUUAACAAAAGCCCUGUCCCAAGAGUCUGAUGUUCUUCGAAGCACUAAUUCUUCUCUCUCUCACAAUGUACUGGAUUUGCAUUUUGAAGACCAUAAGUCAUUGGGAACAAUCCUCUCCAGCUUACCUGUUGCACGUUUGAAAAGAAAGCUAUCCAGUGACUCGAGGGAUUUACAAAGCUUGGAUGUCCCAAAUAAGAUUCCUAAAAAAGAUGGAGAUACUGUACUUGAAAACUCAGCCACCCCUGCAUUACGUGAGAUAUCAGCAGUCCUUGUGGAUGCAUCUGACUUCGAGUGUUCCCUCUGCAUGAGGUUAUUCUAUGAGCCUGUUACCACUCCCUGUGGACAUACAUUUUGUCUCAAAUGCCUUGAGCGUUGCCUUGACCAUAACCCAUAUUGCCCGCUCUGCAAAGAAAAGCUCUCUGAAAUUCACAAAACUGGAGGUGGUGGUGAACCACUUACACCCUUUAGCCCAGUUAAAGCACACACCCCUCCCCUUUCUCUCCUGCUGAAGCUGUUACACUUUGGAUACAUGAUUAAAUAUUCAUUGGAGCAGGGACUGGAACCUGAAUGUUGCCUGCCCUCCCAGUUUUUGGCAAGCAGAACUUAUAAAAAGACAGUCCUUACAGAAGAACUAAUAGUUCAUUACUUGCCAGAAGAGUUAUCAGAAAGAAAGAAAAUUUAUGAAGAAGAAAUGAAGGAAUUAUCAAAUUUGAAUGAAGAUGUUCCCAUCUUUGUGUGUACCAUGGCCUUCCCUACCAUCCCUUGCCCACUUCAUGUCUUUGAACCUCGGUAUCGGCUAAUGAUAAGAAGAUGCAUGGAAACUGGUACCAAACAAUUCGGCAUGUGCUUAGCUGAUGAACUAAAAGGGUUUGCCGAUUACGGCUGCAUGCUAGAGAUCAGGGAUGUAAAAUUUUUUCCUGAUGGGCGUUCAGUUGUUGAUACGGUUGGUGUUCGUCGAUUUAAGGUCUUGAACCAUGGUCAACGAGAUGGGUAUAACACCGCGAACAUUGAAUAUCUUGAAGAUAAAAAGGUGGAGGGAGCAGAGUAUGAAGAACUUGUCCGUCUUCAUGAUUCAGUUUAUGAUCAAGCUGUUGCCUGGUUUACUUCCCUUAAAGACAACAUGAAAGCACAAAUUCUCAAUCAUUUUGGAUCAAUGCCAGGAAAGGAAUCGGAGCCACAGAGUAACCCCAGUGGUCCAGCCUGGUACUGGUGGCUAUUGGCAGUGUUACCAUUAGAAAACAGGGCUCAGCUGGCUAUACUUGCUAUGACUUCCUUUAAAGAUCGUCUUAUUGCCAUCAGACGUGUAUUAAUAUUUGUAACACGCAAGAGACCCAGAUGACAUGGACUUACUUGUGAACAGGCACUGACUGUAUGUUAGAUAUGCUUUUUUAAAAGCAUCAUGCAGAGAUGAACAGUUCUUUCUGGUUGUCUGACGUUUGCUAUUCUGGAUGUUCACCAAACUUUGCACUCUACUCUGUAAUUAAUAAGCACUCUGUGCCUGUUGUCCUGGUGAAAUCUGAGCCUCUAUGAAGUUGUGCUACAAUUACAAUGUAGUUGGUAGUUGUGGAUAACUACUUUGAAGUACUGUUCAUAAUCAAGAGUUGAUGUUUCUAGCCUGUGAGAGACUGAGUUUAAAGUAUUAGAACACCACAAUUGGCCUAUGUGCAGUUUGGAUUUACACUUAGAAAGGAAAAGAGUUCUCUGCAAUGGAUCACAAACAGCAGAUGGAUUUAUUAGAAUUUUCCUGAGAUGGUCAGCAGAAGGGAAACCAAACUAUCCUGCAGAUAAAGAAUGCACAAAGUGCAUAGCUGACAGGAUGCUUUCUUAAUGAGUUGGUAGAGUCUCUCUGCCCUUUCAUCUACUUGUUCAAGAAAUAUUGGUCUAUAAAACAAUUUUCAAGAUUAAGGUUUUGGAGGUUGUCCAGGAGCGUAGUAUUUACAUGGUCAAGGCUGUGUGUCGGGAAGAGUAGUAGCUACUGAACAGCAAUUUGGUAGCCUUAAGUAACCCCUUGUGUUGUGAUUUGCAUGUUGUAGUGGAAUGAAUAUAUCAAAUGUCAAAGGUGUGCAUUUAUUUUUAGAAAAUCAAAGUAAUCCCAGUUGGUCAGAUGUCACUAAACACAAAUCAGACGUAUUCCCUAAAACAUGAAAGGCUGUUGUGAAAUAGCCAUUUCGCUCCAAAUUCCGGGAAAGCAUGCUGUGCUACUCGGCCGAUGUGUGUGCUUAAAGUAAACUUGGCUAGGAUAAGCAUGGGGGAAGAUUCCAUUUCCCUUCUCACCUUCAAAUGAUGUGCCAAGCUGAUGUUACAUUGGAACAAUAUUUGUUAGAACUUUGGGUUUAAAAGUUAGCGUUAUGUUUUAUAUUAUAAGUGCUGCACGUGGUUGGAACUUGGUCUGUGAUGACAUCAUGAAAGGAGGUCCAAACUGAACACUAACAAGGCAAGUCUCAAUGCAAGCUUAAGGCAAGUGUCCUCUUCAUUUGUUUGUCUUGGUUUUUAAUAUAUUGGUUUUGUUAAUAUCUUACUUUGAUAGCUAUUGAAUAUGUUGCUGGUUAGUCAAACUAUUUUAGUGGCUAUUUAGAAAAUUAAUUUAAUUGUGUAGCUUCCUAAAAGAAGUAAUUUUACCAACUUGAAAAGUUAGCCAGAAUCUGUGCUCUCAGAGUAUAGCGAGAUGCUUUUAGAGACACUUGUUCAUGUGCAACACUCUGGCAUGAUGAAAAUGGUGUCUUAUCUAAAUGUUUAAAGUGCCUAGUUUUUAGUUUGCUUUGAAUUAUUAUUUUUUUUGUGUCCAUGAAGAUAUAUAUUAAAAAUUUGCACAUGAGUCCUGGAAGAAAACUGCAUAAACAAAUGAAUUAACACAUAUUGACUGCUUUCUUGGAUACUGUAAUUACAACCUUUGUGGUCUGGGAAGCUAAAGUAUCUAGUGCAGUGGUUUUCAAACUUUUUCUUUUUUCAUUUAUAAAACUUCAGAUGGAGGUGCGGACCCCUUUGGAAAUCUUAGACAUAGUCUGUGGACCUGCAGGGGUCCACGUACCACAGGUUGAAAACCCGUGAUCUAGUUAACUUUUCUUUCAGCAAAUCGUUACCAGAAGUGGUUUCUGUAACCUGCUCUGAAUGUACUGUAAUUGCCUCUACCUUGAACGCGCCUUUUCUAGUUAAAUAGUGAUUUGUAAUUUAUCCUUUGAAUUGUGAAGUGCAUAACGUACAACCAAUGAUUUUGUAAUCUCCACAAUAGCCUUGCUGCAAGUUCUGCUACUGUCAUAAGAGUACUAAAAGUAAAAGCUAUAUGAGAUUCUGAGAGGGUGGAGAAGGCAUCAGAGCCCCAAAGCUGCAAACAAAACCGCUUGAAGUCUUUUGGAGCACUUCCCCCUCCAACCAUGCAUUAGUAACUCUCAUACUUCAUCCCAGUGUUUUUUCCAGUUAAUCCAUUUUAGACUACCAGCACUUUAGGUAGUUCAGCUUCAGUUUGGCAACCCAACUCAUUUUCAGUUGGGAAAAUGAAUUCUCUUUUCAGAGUAGCAGCCGUGUUAGUCUGUAUUCGCAAAAAGAAAAGGAGUACUUGUGGCACCUUAGAGACUAAAAUAAAUUGGUUAGUCUCUAAGGUGCCACAAGUACGCCUUUUCUUUUUGUGAAUUCUCUUUGUGAACUUUCACAUUGUUUGUUUGUUUUUUGUUCUGUAUGCCACUCUUGCCAUCAUUGUCCUUGCUCUCUUUGUUUUACCCUUCCCCUCUUCCAUGACUCUUUCCAUGUCCAUGCAUUGAGUUUUAAUGUUUUGGCGGCAAAGGGACAUUGACAGAAUCAUACAGUCCUAGGCCUUGCACCUGCAGAGUGUUACAUAUGUGCUUAACCUUACACAGAUAUAUAUCCUUUUAGAAUUGAAAUGUUAGUUGCUGUCUCCUUGAUUCUAAUUACUGACGACAAUGUGAAUUUCUCCUGUUUGCAAAAGCCAGUGAUUUAAGAUGUCUGUCCUUUAAGUACUUUUAAAAGUGACACUACAAAACAAAGUAUUCCCUGUAAUACAUCAUAGAAAAGCAAUAAUGAAGAUGUAAGAGUGUCUUUUUUUUUUUUUUUAAUUAGCUUUUUUGCAUUAAAUUACAUUACUGUCUAAGGAUGCCAGGAUAACUAAUGAAAUGUCCUCGCUUGAGUGAAAGUUGAGUGACAGAAUUUUUGGUAAAUUUUUAAACUGUUUCUAGCACAAUGGGGUCCUGGUCCAUGACUGGGGCUCCUGGGUGUUACAUUAAUACAAAUAAUUAAUAUUUGUUUUUAAACACUUAAGUGACUGACAUUUUGGAUACAUAAUAUGAAAUAAUCAGUAUCUGUAUGCAAAUGUUAAACUAACAACCCAAACUCACUGUUUCUUCCAAAACAUGAAAUACUGGAUCAUACAGCAAAGCUAAAGAGAAACGCUCUUCAUGGGCACGUACAGAGUCUCUAGGGGUAGAGACUUUUUUCCUACCAAGUUCUCCUGUCCUGGUUUGUACAGCAGCAAAUAGUAAAUAGAUGGAGAAACCAGUUGCCUCUUCUCUGGAUUAGAGGCAAAUGUCCAUAUUGCAGCUAUCUUACAUCUUUACUUCAUUCUUGUCCCCAUGGUACGGUAUUGAAACCAUGAGCUAAGCAGCUGGAAAAGACAGGUGUUUUGCUGCCCUUUAACACAUUACAUUUUUCGUAGUUGCUUCCUAGCCUGGGCAAUGUGAUAGGAAAGUCUCCGCUUUGGUGAGAUCCUUUAUACGUCAUAAAGAAACAAAAAUGUCCAGAUCGAAUUUUUUUUUUUCCCCUUAUGGGUCACCUGUAAGACUUAAAAAAAAAUAUUUUUUAACUUCACCUUUCAAGAAGCCUGUAAAUUGUUUGCCAUCAAAGCCUUUGUUAUCGACUGUAUUUUAACAUGUCCAGUCUGUGUUUCAUUUCAUCGAUUGCUUUGGACUUCUAACAUGCUGAUGAUCAGUUUCUUACUGCUUCCCUUUCUUAUGUUCCAGUCCAUUUUGAAACUGAAAUAUAAAGCUAUUGUUCAAAAAGCUAUACACUUGAUUCAUAUUACCUUUCACACUGGUGGAAUUGGUAUUUGGUAGCGCCUUACAUUUACAGUUGUGAAAUGAUUGUAUCAAUAACAAAAUCUCAUCUGGGGCUUGUGACCAGAUUAAAACAAGUAUGUGUAAUGUAGAUAAACUUGAAACAAUUUUUUACUGUUUUAAAGCUAGUUAUGAAACUGUAUGUACAUAUGUAUAAAUAUAAAUUAAACUGCGCCAUUUUGUAUUUAGUAAAUUCAGGACAAGUCCAUGUUCUAGCCACAUUUGGUACUUGUUGCAUAAGCAAAGCCAAACUUUUUUAAAAAUAGCAAUGUUCAUUUCAUGUAUAUUUGCAAUAUUCAUGGGAAAUGUACUUAAUUUAUGCGACAUUUUGAAUAAACAGAUCACAUUUA